AUGUCGUCUUCUAUGCGCAAUGCCGUUCACCGGCGUAAUCACAGAGAACGUGGUCAACUGGCAGGCCGUGAAAGGCUUGGCUUGCUUGAAAAGAAGAAAGAUUAUUUGCUUCGUGCCAAAGAUUUUCACAGCAAACAACGACGAUUGAAGGCUUUACGAGAAAAGGCUUUGGCACGGAAUCCCGAUGAAUUCUACUUUAAAAUGAUCAACUCUCAAACAAAGGGUGGCGUGCAUAUUCAAAAGCGAAACGAGGCUUUGCCACAUGAAAUGGUGCAGUUGAUGAAGUCACAAGAUAAGAAUUAUAUUAAAAUGCAACGCGAUAUAAGUAAAAAGAAAAUGGAAAAGUUACGGGAUUCUUUGCAUUUCUUGGACGAACAGCUGGAUGAUGAAGAUAUGCUCAAUGUAUACGAAGAAGACGAAGAAGAAGAGGAGACACCUAUGCCACAGAAAAACAACCAUGUUGUCUUUGUAGACUCAGCUGAGCAGGCCAAAUCAUUUGAUCCUGCAAAGCAUUUGGAUACAUUGCCGGAGCUCGUCAAUCGCAAGUUUAACCGACCACGCGUGGAAACAUUAAGAAACAACGAAAUCAUUGCUCCCGAGAAUGCUGCAUCACUUAAAGCAUUAAGGAAAGAAAGAGAGGCCAAGUAUAAAGAAUUCACAUCGCGUGCCAGCCGUGAAGCUGAUCUGCAGCAGGUUGAACGCGAACUCGAGAUCCAACGUGCAAUGCAGGCUAAAGGUGACAAAAAGAAAGUCGGUGUGGAUAAGAACGGUUUGGCAGUCUACAAAUGGAAAGCACGACGUAGCAAGUAG